AUAUAGUAAAUUAGAAAAGCAAGAAAAUGGGAAAGCUUCAAACUUUAUUCCGUCAGCAAGACUCAUCACUUCACUAAACUACCAAAAAAAAUGAAGCGGUCACCGGCGAUCUUGAAAAACCGGCGAGUUUGCGGUGGUUUAGGAAUUGCAGCAAUAGCUUACAUAGGAGUUGACUAUCUCCGUUUUAUAUCUCCAACAUGGCAUGACCGUUUACAACCAGCAUUAUGGACCAUAUUGGCAAUCGCUGCAAUUAUUCGUGUCCCAUUUUACAAACACUGGUCAUUAGAGCUUCGUUCAGCUAUACCAUUUAUAUUUGCAAUGAUAUUUAUGCUGUCUGCUCUUCUCUUUGAAAUGGUUUCUGUUCGCUCUGUUACUGCCGUUCUUGGUCUUGAUUGGAACAAUGAUACAUCACCUCUUCCUGAUGUUGGUCAGUGGUUGCUGUUGUCGCUGAAUGAGAAACUACCUCAAACAGUGGUUAAUAUAUUGAGAGCUCGUAUAAUUGGAUUACAUCAUUUUCUGAUGCUGUUUAUCAUGCUUGCUUUCUCUGUACUCUUUGAAUCGGUUGAAGCUCCUGGUCUUGGGCUUGGUGCAAGAUACAUGUUCACAAUGGGAAUUGGAAGGCUCCUUCGGGCCAUAACUUUUAUCUCCACAAUUCUACCAUCUGCUCGACCAUGGUGUGCAUCUGCUAGAUUCCUUGUUCCUCAGCAUCCUCAUCCUUGGGCUCAGAAAUAUUAUGUACCAUACUCCGAAGACUCAAAUGCCAUACGGAACAUCAUUAACAGGGACAUAGCAUAUGCUGAUCCUGGGGAAUAUGAUGCUGAGUUUCGACCAGAUUGGGGUUCAAUGAGCUUUUUGAUUGAUUUCCUUCGGCCUACAGCUCCUGAGGGAUCAUCUGCUUGGUAUCAUCUGCUCAAGAAAGCAUCAGGGGGUUGCAAUGACCUUAUAUAUAGCGGCCACAUGCUUGUUGCUGUGCUGACAGCUAUGGCAUGGACGGAAGCCUAUGGUGGCUAUAGCUCAGCACUCAUCUGGAUUUUUGUGAUUCAUAGUGCUCAAAGAGAAAUACGAGAACGCCAUCAUUACAGUGUAGACGUUGUUGUGGCCAUCUAUGUGGGCAUAAUGCUUUGGAAGAUGACAGGUCUUUUCUGGCCAAUGAAGGAUCAGUCAAAGGAUACGAGGCUUCGUAGGCUCGAGAAGAUUCAGGGUAGACUAACGCGAGCAGCAAAGGACGAUAAUAUAGAGGAAAUAAGAGAACUCCUUAAGGAGGUGGAAGUCAGCAACAAAGUUAGGGAAAAUUCCAAAAGCAAAGCAAUGUGGCUCUUUUCAGGUGGAACCAUUAUUUUUACUCUUUGUGUGGUUUUUCUUGCCUUCACAUUGACCAGCGACGGGUGAGACAGCCAACUUUCAACUCCCACGAAAUGUUCUACCACGGGUAAGAUUAAUUACAACACGUGGAAUUUGUAACAUUAGGCUAGGCCAGAAUAGGCAUUCCACUUUUGUUAUUUGUUUGUAAUGCUUUGGCUUUAAAUUAUUUUUGUAUGAGGUGAGAUAGUAUCUGCUCAUUUACUGCUAGAUAUGAAGAGAAUUGACUUUUUAUUGGAUGCCUCUUGUCUAGUUUAUUCUGCAAGUGAAUUCAGAUGAUCUACUGCUGUAAAAUUGUUUACAUGAGGGUUCUUUUAUGCUUUUGACCCCUGUGAUAUAGUAAAAACUUCUCCUUUUUUA